AUGGGCAUCAAGAUUGAAAUGACAAAAGUUUUUGAUAGGGUGAAUUGGGAAUUUCUUAUUCAAGUUAUGAAACAAAUGGGAUUCAGCUCCCAAUGGUGUAAUCUAAUCCAUCAGUGCAUAUCCACCACCAACCUUGUUGUUCUUGUAAAUGACUCUCCUGGAAAGUUUUUCAAACCUACCAGAGGCCUCAAACAAGGGGAUCCCCUCUCACCUUACCUAUUUCUGUUCUGCAUGGAAGCUCUAUCUAGAUAUCUGAAUGAUGCUGAAUCUCAAGGUCUCAUUCAUGGAACAAAAGUCUGCAGUGGAGCUCCUGCAAUUAAUCACUUACUUUUUGAUGAUGAUUGCGUGAUCUUCUGCAAAGCUAAUAUGGAAGAAUGUAACAACAUAAUCAAGAUUUUUCAAGAUUUUGUUCAUUCCUCUGGGCAGUUGAUAAAUUUCUCCAAAUCAGGAAUUUUCUUCAGCAAGAAUACUGCUCCAAGCAUUUCGGAAAACAUAAGUGAUGCAAUGAAGGUUCAAAGGAUUAAAACUUCUGAAAAAUAUCUGGGUUCUCCUCUCUUCACCAACAGAAGCAAGAUUCAGGCCUUCAAGCCUUGUAUGGAAAAAUUAAAAUUCAGACUUGCUGGUUGGAAAUCAACUCUAUCUAUAGUUGGAAAAGUUACUAUGAUCCAAACUGUCACCUCAACCUCCAGCAUUUACCAAAUGAACUGCUUCAAGAUCCCAAAGGGCACCUGCAAAGAGAUAAAAAGGAACUUCUUUUGGAACAAAGAUCAAGACAAACCAAAAGGUCUAUUCUACAUUGCUUGGGAUGCUGACAUCCAAAAUCUUAUCCUCCAGACAAAUCACUACCCUACUACCGAGGAUACUAUACAAUGGAGCUUAACCCAAACAAGGAAAUUCACUGUCAAAUCCCUUUAUGACAGACAAAUCAAUGAUAAAUAUGCUAGUGGUACUCAUACAACUCCAUGGAAGGAAAUAUGGAAACUAGACACUACUCCAGCUAUUCAGCUAUUCAUAUGGAAGUGUGCGCAUGGUAUUAUUCCAACUAAUGCCGAGUCAGCUGGUAUACUGAACAACAUUGAUCCUAUACGCAACUUCUGCAAGAGUGCUGCUGAAGACAUUACUCAUGUUCUCCUAGCCUGCCCAGCUGCCUCUGAUGUGUGGAGGAAAUUCUUUGGGGAAAAUCAUCAACUCUUUACUGCUUACAGAUCUUUUCAUGCUUGGCUUAACAGUUGGUUCAUCCCUGACAAUCCCAUUGCUAGCUGGAAUACUACUUUUGCCACCAUUUGCUGGUUCAUAUGGAAAGCUAGAUGUGAUCAAGUCUUCAGAAACAUUGAUCACAAUGCUGCUGCUACUGCUCUGAAAAUCACUCAUCAUUUAUGCACCUAUAGCAGGGGAAGUAAUUCUCAACCCAAUGGGCUUAGCGUUUGUAUUGUGUUUGCAAACAUGGAGGUCUGGAAAGGUGGGAGGAACAGAUAUCAAGUGAAGGCGAAUGGGAGCAUUUUGCAAGAUAUUGAUGAUAUUGAAAGUGAAUCGUCACCGGACCAGCAAUAUGUAACAGAGGCAUCACAAACUCAUUCACGGAAUUCUGCUGUAGAAUUCCGUGGUUGUGGUUGGAGCUGGUGGUGCAGGACUUGGAGCAGCUAUUGGGCUUUAUGA